ACUUCAUGACUGAGACCGACGCCAUUGGACGCCACUAAACCCAUUGUAAACUCGCAACGACGCUCGCAACAAAACAUUUUCAAUUUCCGAACGUUGUGGAGUUUCGGUGUUGAAUUUAUUUUUAAUAAACAACGAAAUUCGGGAAAGUCGAUAUAUAUCUUAAACAAUUUCAUCAUUUCACUGACUUUCGUGCAAUUUUUUCAGUGGUGCUGGUUCUUGAAUCCGGAACUCGGAAAUAAAAUAAGUGAAAUGAUUAUUCCAAUUAAGAGAGAGGACGGUGUUUUGCAGGAGUGGGUAAUAAUCGAGUUACAAGGCGAUCUGUCACAUUCAAGCGGUAACAUCGAAAACAGCAGCUUCAUCGGUGAUCUUCACUUUACGAAAGAAGGCACUCCUAUCUUAAUAAUAGGAGUUCACGUGUUGUCUGGAAAAGAAACUGCACUCCCAAAACCGUUCGCGGUUUUGAAAAGAAUGCGACGAAAAAUAAAUGGCGAAGCGAUUGAGGGCAGAAACAUUGAAGAGUCAUUCAAAACUGAAUACGUUGUCAAAGCACUUGUGAAAAAAAAACUCAUUUUCAAGGGCAGACCGAAACCAAUUGUUACCGGUGUUCCAAUUUCUCAUUGAUCAUUCGAUAACCUACAUUGUAAAAACUUUUGUAUGAUCGAUAUUUAUUUUUGUAUGAAUUAGAAUUAUUCUCUUUUUUCUAAUAAAAUUUGAAAAAAACUUA